CUUUAACUUACCCGUCCUUAGAUCCUCAGCCCCAUGCAUGCAUAGGGGUGGUUACUACCACUUUGAUACUGGCUAGGAAGGAAUCAAACCAGAAGACCAGAACUACGAGGUCACAAUUCUAAAGCGGAUGUACUACUCAUUUGGCCCGUUCCCACCAUCAACCAUUAGUAUCCUUGACCCCGAAACCUUCGAUGUCAUCCACUUCCUUAACUAGCAAGGACCUCCGCAUAGGUCACUUGAACGGUGGUCGACAAAGGAAAUUCCCUUCUGCUGACAACAAUUUCAUAAGGCGCAUCUCAGCACUGGACCAUCGAUAUAAGCCGAAAGUGGACGAGAGUCUCGAGGAUAAAUGGGUUAUAGAGAACUCGGACGAUACUCGGGAAUCUAUACCUAAGGGGGGCGAGCAGUUCUGCUCACCUUUGCUUUGCUUUGCUUAGCUUUGGCUUAGGCUAAAGCGGCCACAGAUCUGUCCCCAUACUGAACGUGGAUUCAGGACAAAGUUCAUGGUUAUCUAGGUAGUUUAACAUCAGUAGGAUGGAGAACUCACUUGGUAGUUAAAACCCUGAACGUGCCCCAGCGUCCC